UUCAUUCUUCUCUCUUCAACCACAAUACAGAGAAAGGUUUCAAGAUCAGAAAUGGCCUUCCACCUAAGAUCGAUAAGUUUGCCAUCAAGGCCUCAGGCCAACGAGACUGAAGUCGAGCAAGAGGUGUUGAGCCUAGAGGCAAGCAUCUCUUCUUCGACUACCACCAUCGGUACCAUGUGUGCCGGUCUGAGGAGGCUCGGGGACAUCUACAAUGGUGUUGAAGAGAUUAUUGGCCUGCCAAGCAACCAGGUUGGCAAGAUGUUGGAUUCAGAGAUUGAAGGCUCUCUCGAGCUGCUAGAUCUCUGCAGCACCAUGCAAGAGAUCUUCGUCGAGAUGAAGGCCAUCAUCCAAGAGCUACAGGUAGCUCUAAGAAAAGGAGAUGAUGCAACUGCUCAAGCCAAGAUCCAGUCUUAUGUUCGUUUGGUGAAGACGGCCAAGAAACAUUUCAAGAAGAGCGCGAAGAAGGCUAAUGUUGUUUCUGCGGCUUGCAAGGUGGUCAUGCUAUUGACCAAAGCUAGAGAGGUUUCUGUGUCUCUGUUGGAGUCCACAGUCCAUCUCUUGUCAAAGGAAAUCAGAAUGCCAAAACAGUCUCUUGUCUCCAAGGCAUUUCACAAGAAGAAGGCAGUUGUCUGCCAGGAGGAGCAAUUGCAGGAGUUAGAGUGUAGUAUUGGAGAUCUCGAGAAUGGGGCGGGACAUCUGUUCAGGAAAUUAAUCCAGAUCAGAGUUUCUCUCUUGGACAUUCUUAGCUCAUAGAUACUCCAAGUCACUCUACACCCUGUGAUUGGCAUCCACCUUUUUGAGGAUUAGCCGGUCUUCAUACAAUUUUGCCAUAUGUAUAUACAGUAGAAAUGUACAGAAACUUAUAGAAAGAAAAAGUGAAGU